AACCGGUUGCAUGCAUCAUGCAUGAUGUCUUUUACAUAAUUGAGAUCUUUCAAUAAUUCAUUCCACUCCUCUAUUCCCAUAUUAGAGUAUCAGAAAUGGCAGGAAAAAACAUACCAUUGCACUCCUCUCUUUAUUUUAACAUCGUACACUUCGGCCUCGACGAUUUUAUGGGCAAUGUCAGAAAUGAUGAGAAAUCCAAGAGUCCUAAGAAUAGCACAAGAUGAAGUGAGAGGUAUAGUUGGCAAGGCAAAGACCCGAAUAAGCGAGGCGUAUUUGAGAGGAUUAAAUUACUUAAAAACUCGUGAUAAAAGAAACUUUAAGACUUCAUCCUCCUGUUCCAAUGUUGCUCCCUAGAGAGAGUGUAUGGAGAAAUGUGAGAUUGAAGGGUAUGAAAUUCCUGUAGGGACCAAAGUCUUUGUCAAUGCUUGGGCAAUCAACAGGGAUCGAGAGUAUUGGGAAGCUGCGGAAUUAUUUACGCCCGAGAGAUUUCAAGAAAUGAAUGGGAUUGAUACCAUGGGAACUAACUUUGAGUAUAUUCCAUUUGGAGGAGGAAAAAGGAUGUGCCCUGGAACUGCAUUUAGUUCAGCAGUGAUGGAACUUGCUCUUGCUCAAUUGCUCUACCAUUUUGACUGGGAAAUCCCUCGUGGAAUCAAACCUGAAUGCCUUAACAUGACCGAGAUGCUUGGUGCCUCUCUUAAGAGGAAAAACAACUUAUGUUUAGUUCCAACUGUUCAUUUUUCCAUUUGAGUGGUAUUUGGCUCAUGAAUUUGUGUUUGGAUGUCUA